AUGGCGCAACCAGUCGAUUUGUCGGCAGAAUCGAAGCAGACGUUGCGCUUGAAGAUGAAAGAUGUUGUAUUAGACAUCGAUAAGCUCUGCGGCUUGGCGAUUGGAGAAAAAGAGGCCCUGGCAUCGCUUCAGCAAGCCAUCCUCGGCCAUGUCGCCGCAGAAAAGGGCAUGGAAAAGACGGAAGUCGGCCUGGGAAAAGCUGACGACAUUUUGAAUCAGAUGAUGAAUUCCCUCGAUGAAGUCGAAGAAGAGCUUCAUAUCAUCGACGAGAUGCGCAGCACUUUCAAUAUUAUUCAGGCCACCGGCGGACAUCCA